UCAUUCGAAAUGCAAGACUUCAGAUUGUUCACCAUUUAGUUCUUGGUUUCAGCAAUGUCUCGAAAAGUUGUUGCACUGACAAUAGGAGUGGCAUGUGUGGGGAUAGGUUUGGGGGUCAUUAUCGGCUACUUCUCACACACACAAAAUUCCCCAACCAACCCAGAAUGGGUGAGUAAAGUAGAAACGUUUUUUCGUGACGUGGACGAUGACGUCAUUGGAGAGUUUUUAGAGGGAAUCAAAGGAAACAACAUCCGAAGUAAUUUACAAUAUUUUGCUGACCGACCGCAUAUGGCUACCUCGCCACGUGACGAAGAACUAGCCAAUCACAUUCAAGCAUUAUGGAGCGAGCAACUAGACAGUUCAGAAUUAAAACCUUACAAAAUAAUGCAUGGAUUGUUGUCUGAAGAUCCGGCAAAACCCAACGUAUUUACAGUCGUGGACGAAAAUGGCUUGGAGUAUUUUACAUCUAGGCAAACAGAGAUCGUGUAUGAUGAAUACAUGAAAAAUCCGGAGACAAUUGUUCCUUAUUUCAAUGCAUUUGGUCCACCGGGUGACGUUAAGGGUAAAUUGAUUUAUGCAAACUUUGCGCAAGAAAGCGAUUUUACUGCCUUACAAGAUAUGGGAGUGGAUAUGAAUGGGACCAUAGCCCUUGUUAAAUACGGGGGUGGUGUAGGUCGUGGUGGGAAGGCGAUUAACGCGGAAAAGUUUGGAGUGAUUGGAGUUCUCGUGUAUUCUGACCCUGCUAACUAUGCUGUAGAAGGCGAACAAGGCUACCCAAUCGAUUCUAGCUUGCCAGGCACCGGUGUACAGCGUGGGUCGGCAUUGGGGGAUCAUGGAGACCCGUCAACGCCAGAUUAUCCAUCAACCGAGUAUGCAUACAGGGUACCACUGGAAGAAAUCAAACAAUUUCCCCCCAUUCCCUUGCAGCCCAUUGCUUACGAAGACGCAGAGGCCAUGUUAAAGUUAGUUGCAAUGCAUUUGCUCGAACUUAAUUGGCACUAAUUAGUUGUCUAAUAUCGUAGCUAUACGUUCAAA